GCGUGCGCGCAGCCUCGCACGCGCGCAACAGAGCCGAGCCGAGCGCGUCACGCACAAGCACGCACGCAGCAGACUGAAGAGCAGCCAGCAGCCCCGCACACAAGUUCCGCCUGCAAGACGCCCGAGGUCCGUCCGCCAUGGGAGGCAAACUGAGCAAGAAGAAGAAGGGCUACAACGUCAACGAUGAAAAGACCAAAGAGCCGGACGCCAAGGCGGGCGAGGGGUCCGUUCCUGACGACAACCAGACAGCCACGGACAUCAAAGAUGAGACCACCCCCGCCGCCAACGAUGCGGCGGCCGCCACGGAGGCUGCACCCGCCGCCGCCAAGGAGUCGGAGAAAGAGGCCAAUGCCGAGCCCAAAACAGAUGGCGAGCCUGCCAAGGCCCAGGAGACCGCGGCCGCCACUGCCCCCAAGGAGGCUGCCGACCCCGCUGUCAAAAAUGAGGCCGAUGCCAAAAAGACUGAGGCCCCCAAAGCUGAGGCGGACCCCAAAGCCGGCGAGGCCCCCAAGGAGGCACCCAAGGAGACCCCCAACUCGACGGCAGCCCCCGAAGCUCCGCCCAAAGACCCCACCGAGGCACCAAAUAAGGAUCAAUGCAAAGAUCAAAGCGUCACCGCUCAAGAUUGAUUGGUGGACGCCCACUGGAAAGCCACGCCCACUUUGGACAAUAACAACGAGAAUCAAGAACGACCACCGACAAACCCGCUGGAGCGACACCCGAACCACCCGAUGCAAAAUUAUAAUGAUUAAUAUUGUACUGAUGAACUUCACCAGCUGCCCGACCGUCAUCUCACGCCGUCACAUGAUCGUCUUGGCCACGCCCCCUCACACAAAACUUUCUUAAAACAGAUCCAAAAUAGUCAAAAAUUUCCUAAAUAGUCAAGAGUAGAUUUUGUACUAAAAAAACAAACCAAAAAAAAACAUUUGUAACAUUUCUAUGCUUGUUUGGAACCUGAUUUGAAAUACUUUAUGCUGAUCUGAAUAUAAUCCGAUUCUAGCCUGCUUCAGGUCUAGUUUUUUGUCUGGUUCUGAUUUAGGACCAGAUAGGCUCGAAAUUGGGACUGAUUUGGCACAGGUCUGGGUCUAGUCUAGUUCAGGUCUGCGUCUAGUCUAAUUCUAAUCUAGUUCUGGUCAGGUUCUUGUGUGGUGCUGAUCUUUGACUAGUUUGGAAGUAGUCUGCUUCUGAAUUGGUCCUGGUUUGGUACGAAUAUGGUUUUAAUUUAGUCAUUCGGGAUUACCAUCAUUUGACUCUAGAUUAGUCCUGGACUGUUUGCAAAUAAUCUGAUUCUAAAUUAGUUAUGAUCUCUUAGUCCAGUCCAGUUCUAGUCUUGUACUUGACUGGUACUGGUCUUGGAAUAGUUUGAUUCUACACUGGUUCUAAUUUGUCAGGUCAGGUCCUAGUCUAGUUCUGGUCUUGUUCUAAAUUGGUUCUUAUCUGGCGCAAGUCUGGUCCUGGUCAGAUUAAAGUCUAAUUCCAGUCUGGUCCUUGUCUGGUUCUAACCUGGUUCUGGACAAGUUUGACUCUCGUGGUGAUCUGAUUUUAGUCUGGUUCUUGACUGGUCCUGGUGUGGAUUUUGUGGCUCUAAAUUGUGACUGAUCUGGUACUAGUUCUGGUCAGGCUCUAGUCUGGGACUAGUUUGGAAGAAGUCUGGUUUAAUAUUGGUCUUGGUCUAGUACUACUGUUGUUUGGUUCUUGUUUAAUACUGGUCUACAUGGGACUAAUCUGGUUCUGAAUUAGUUCGGAUUUGGUUCUGGUCAACAAAGAAGAGAGCAGACAUCAGAACUGGAAUUCUUCGAGGUUUUGGAUGCCAAAUUAAAAAGAGGAGGAAAAAAAAAGCUUGCUUCUAUGGCAACCGUCCUGAUGCAACUCUUAAUCCGUCACACAUUCACCUCAUACAAGCCCCUCGUGCACACGCAUGUGCACGUCGUGUACAUGGAUGUGCAUGUGUGUGCAUUGGAACGCUUGAGGGCACCUUGUCCUGCUCCUGAAUGAAAAAGUGUCCUCUAACUUUUGACCGCAUGUCGACAUGUAUGUGCGGUUGUGACAUACGUGUAAUCGCGUGUUCUGGCCUUCCUUUGCAUGUGCUGCCGGUCCCGUCUGUUGGAUCCGGUGAGGAAACGCUGGCAUGCGUUUCCAUGGUAACCGUGUGUCUCCAUCCCAGCCAGUGGCGCUCGCUCCAGGUCUCCCCCAAAAAAACACACAAAACAAAGAAAUUCAAGUUUCAAAGUUGUAUGUUUACUUGUUGAAAUGGUGCAACAGUCGUAAUAAAAAAA